GCCGUUUCUGCGGCAACCACGGAGCGUCUCGCUGGUUGCGAGGAGAGCAGCAGGCGCGCGGAAAUCAGAGAGACGUCCGUGGAACAGAUCAGACGAGAAAUUAUUAAUAAAUUCCUGCUGUAUUAUAGAAGGGGACAGGAAAUGGCUGCAGUUGUUCCUCCAAACCUGGGUCCUCAGUGUCGGGCGAUGGGAGUUACCCCAAGACCUCAGAGCUCUCUAAAAGCUCAGGGCACCCCAAGACCCCACAGCCCUCAAAAAUCCCAAGGCACCCUGAGACCACAGAGCUCUCCAAAACCCCAGGCCACCCCGAGUCCGAACUGUUUUCCGAAACCCCAGGGCACCCCUCUCAACCCUGAAGGUGGGGAGCCUGGUAGAGACUCAGGGCGCAACAGCAGCCAGUCAGAAUCCACAUCCUCAGUCAGGUCUGUCCCAAACGAGGCACUUUCGGGGGUGCAGGUGGAUCAAGCCAUCGCUCGCGGGGUGCAGGAGAAGCAAGGGAUCCUGAGGGCAGCGUUUCGGGCCCUGGACACUGAGGGGAACUUCACCGUCACUAAAGGAGAGUUCCGCCGCGUCAUCGAGGGAUUCAUUCUCCCGCUAACGCAGCCGCAGUUUACAGCCCUGCUGGCCAAGGCUCCGAGGAGAGACAAUGGGAGUGUGGCCUACACAGAGUUCCUGAGGAGACACUGCAGAACCCCCACUGCACGGAGCAGGUUCCACCCAAGGAGCCGACAGCAGCCUAUGACCUUGAAAGAACUUCAGCACUGCCUCAGAGACAAGAUUGGGAACAACUUAAAGAACGUGAUCCGGGCCUUCCGUCUGUUUGACCACAACCGGGACGGAAAGAUCCAGAAACAUGAGCUGCUCAGGGUCUUGGAGAGCUACUGCCUCCCUUUGGGAAACCAGGAGUUCCACAGAAUUUGGUCCCAUUACAGUCCAGACAACCCAGGAACCAUGUCAUACCGAGAUUUUCUCCAGAGACUCAGCAUUGACUGUGAAAACAACAGGAAGUCAGAGCAUCAGGAUACUGUGAAGUCAGCUUUGAACUGGGAUUCUGUCAGUCAAGAUAACGAGAGACAGCUGCAGGACAGGACACCUCCAGUCUCCGUUGCCCCACCGUCCCGAGGACUGACGCUAGAGCAGGUCCACGACGCCUUCCUAAAUAAAAUGCGUCUGAGCUACGACGAUGUCUGGCGGGCUCUCCAGGUGUCUGACGUUACCUGCAGUGGAGUUGUCUCCCAGGAGGACCUGAAGUCCAUCCUCAGCCACUUCCUGUUCCCCAUGAGUGACUUCCUGUUCCAGGGUUUGGCGAGCCGGUUUGGGUUGAAUGUUGCAGAACCAGUACCGUGGGCCCAGUUUAUGGCCCAGUUUAAGGAUUUGACCCAGAACAAGAGGCAGACAUCACCUGUCAGCAGGGGGCACUGUGAGCAGCAGGGCCCAGGCACAGCCCAGCAGAACCUCCAGAACCUGCAGGCCUUACAGGAAGUCUACCCUCUGCUGAAGAGCUCCAUCCUGAAAUCUGAUAAAGGCGGGGCUGGGAAGGUCACACGGACGGAGUUGCGGAGGUCGUUGGAGGGCCGGAAAUGUCGCCUGACAGAGCAGCAGUUUAAGGAGAUGAUGAUCCUGCUGGACCCUGAGCACACUGGUGUUAUACACUGCGAGCGCAUCCUGGAGCUACUGCACCCACCACCGGUAGAGACCCAGGAGUGCAGUGGCAGCACACAGGAGCUUCAGCAGAAAUACAAGCUAACUGAGAGUGAUGCCUGGAGCACAGUAGAGGGGUUACUGCGGGACAAACUGUCCGAGCACCUUGACCAGGUCAUGGAGGCACUCAAAAACUACGACCGUGGUCAGAAUGGGACGGUUCAUCAGAAUGAACUCAGGGAGGUCAUUAACCGAUAUGGACUACCUGUAUCAGAGGGUCACUUCUACAGACUUUGUGAGCCACACACGGACUCAGGAAGACUCGCAUAUGGCCGGUUUCUGAACAGUCUGGGCGUGUCAAAGAGGAGCAGAGAGACAGACAGUGCUGCAAAGGCCCAGAGGGCAACCAGCAGGCCAUCUGUGCGCAGUGUUAGAACCCUGGCGGUGGAGAACACUGUCCUGAGGAAGCUGAGAGAAAACCUGGCUCUGCGGAACAUUGCCAUUGGCGACUGUCUCCUGGAAACGGGAGGGAACACAGAUGGAACUCUGAGUUUAAAGCACUUCAGGAGGAUGCUGGAGAACUGUGGAAUCCCUCUUGGUCAGGAGGAGUUUGACGUUCUGACUGAAGCUCUUGGUUUUAAGGAUGGAACCCUCUCCCAUGCCGACUUCCUGGUUAAAUAUGAAGAUAAGAGGGCCACGGAGCUGAAUAACGAUAAGCAGGCACGCUUCCUGACAGCUGAGGAAUGUCUCUCUCAGAUGAAGGAGAGGAUCGAGAAGCACCACGGGGACAUCCUCACCGCCUUCCUCCUGAUAGACCGGAACCGGGACGGCGUCAUCGACAGGGGCGACCUCAGACGCCUGAUCGACAGCCUGGUAUUCGUCACCAAAGAGCAGGAGUACCAGCGCAUGCUGGACUUGCUGGGACUCAAACCCGGAGCCACGCUCAACUACACAGAGUUCCACGGCACCAUCCAGGCCUGCAGCCAGCCGCCAGGGCCAAUGCCGCUUUCAAACAAAUCGAAGCGGUUUGUGGAAGAAGCAGGUGAACAGGUCCACAGUCACCUGGUGUCCCAAGCGCGUCGCGGCUGGUCUGAGAUGGCGAAGGCGUUUGUUCACGCUGAUGAGGAGGGAAAUGGCCUCGUCUUUAAGAAGGACCUGAGAGAGCUGCUGUACUCCUAUGCUUUGCCCAUAACUGCAAACCAGUUUGAAAAAGUUUGGUCCAGGUAUGACGGAGAGGGAAGAGGCGUGCUCACCCACUCUGAGUUCCUUGAAAAGCUGGGCGUGGCUCCAGAGAGCAGUGGGCAUGGCCACAGCCGGCAGACGGCGGAGGAGCGUUCGGACUCACAGGCACUGGCAACAGCUGGCAGCGUGACACCGGGGCCCCAAUUAGGGCCACGCCCAGAGCCCGUCCCUCAGAGAGAGAGCGUGGAGCACCUCAGCCCGGAAAAGGCGAUGCUGAGAGUGAGAGAGGAGGUCACGACCUCCUACCACACCCUCCACAAGGCCUUCUCUGCCCUCGACAGGAGUGGGAGGGGUACCGUCUCAACCCUGGAGUUCCGGAGGGUUCUGGACCAUUUCUGCGUCAGGCUGUCCGACAGGCAGCUCACGCACCUGCUGGCCGAUCUGCCCAUUAGAGAGGAGGAUCACAGCGUCCCCUGGAGGGCGUUCCUGGAACGAUUUCGCCUCAACGACCAGGAAACGGGAACGGUCAAAACAGCUGACGUUCGGCCGGGGAAAGUAGAGAAAACGGUAGGCUCGCCACAGCCACGCCCCCUUCCUCUGAGUGACAUCCUAGAACGCAUUAGGGAGGUGGUCUGUGCCAGGAUCUACACUGUCGCCAAGGAGAUGGCCGACCUGGACUACGCCCAUAUCAAUUUCAUCUCCAAAGAGGACUUUAAGAUCUUCUGCGACCGCCAUUUCAUGAGGCUCACGACAGAACAGUUUGAGAGUUUGUGGAAGCAGCUGCCGGUGAAUGAGUUUGGAAACCUGGAGUACAAAGAGUUUCUGAAGAGAUUCAGUGGGGACUCUGGUGGGGAACCCCAAAGUUUGGAGGGAGGAGAGCCCAGGGCACACUCAGGGGUCCCCACAACAGCCAUACGCCGCUGCAGAACUGCCCCCUGCACCAUCGGACGCACAAAGUCAGCAGAUGGGGAGGAGCCGAGGGGGAACGCCUCUGCGGAGGGGGGCGGGGCCACCCCCCUGCAGAGCUUCGACGCUCUGGACAGGACGGUGCGUAGGCAGAUCCGCGGCUGCUGGAGGGACGUCCAGCGACGGUGCCGGGACGAGGACGCGGCGGGAUCCGGCGGGAUCGGCACGGACCGUUUCCUGGCCAUCCUGCAGGAUCUGAGCGUGAGGAUGACUCGGUCAGAGCUGGAGCAGCUGGCGCUGAAGUACGGCGUCGCGCUCAACGGCAGGAUCCCGUACGCCGACUUCCUGCGACAGCUCCUCCUCUCCCUGCAGCCCCGCCCCGUCACCGCCUUCCAUCGGCCCAAAGUGCCACUGCCGCGCACGCCGGUGAACAUGGGGGUUCUGACGGGGCCGUGUGCCGACGCCAUGCUCAGAAUGCUGAGCUCGGUCCGGAGGCUCCGGAGACCCAUGAGGCAGAGCUUCGUCGCCUGCGACCCAUUGCGGACCGGCCAAAUCUCCAUUGGGGAUUUAAAACAGGUACUGGGGCAGUACGGAAUCAGCCUUUCCCAAGAUGAAGUCUUCCAUCUUACCUCUUACUUUGACAAAAAUCUCUCUGGGAAGAUAUCCUACAACCACUUCCUGCAUACCUUUCUACAGUGAGGGGAACAUGCAGGCAGCGCCUCCCUCUGUGGAGCUGAUGCAGCAGGGGGUUCUGGGUAAUGUCUGUGUGGUUAAUGUUUGAUGGGUUUUACCAGUGAGAAAUAUAUACUGAAAUAAGACUGAGUAUAGAGACACAUUCACUAUAAGAAGAGUGAGUACAAAGAAACAUUCACCACAAUAAAACUGAGUGCGAAAAAUAUUCACUACAAUAAUUGAGAGUGCAGAGAAAAUGUAACCAAUCAAAACAUUCCUGUCUUUGCAUAUUUUCUAUGAUUCCCCUUUCAGUCCAGGCUUGUGUUUGAAUCAUCGCUCCUUUGUGAAAUUUUGUAGCUAAUUAUUGCUUUUUUUUACUUACCCAAAUAAACUAUUUUCUACAUCUGAGCCUGUGCGGACACCUCGCCUUUUCAGAGCAGAAGCUUUGUGAAGAAAUGUGUAAAAACGAAAAACCGGUAAGGGAAGGACAACGGGGACCGCAGCCUGCAUAGCUAAACAUGAAAGGAGAACGGUCCUUUCUGAAGGCUUCUCUAUAGAGACGUUCCUUACGGCCAGCUGAAUACCAUCCAUAAGCAGCGCGACACAGAAUAAACCUCACUCCUUCCCAAAGGAUUACUGAUGUAAUUAUUUGAACGAAGCUUCUUGUGUGCGGAAGACGGAAUUCGCAAAUGCGAAAUAUGAAAAUCUGAUUUUAUUUGCAGAUUAGGUUUGCUCGGAAUGUACAUAAUUCAUAUGAGAUGGAGAUCUCCUGUCUGGACUCUGGAGGAUAAACAGGAACUUGGAGUUUGCCUGCGUGGCUUGUGCAGAGAAUAAAGAGAAGGGGGGUAUUCAUGCAGCAUUUGAUUUCGCUGGUCUGAGUGAUCUUUCUCAAAAUGAAUUUCAUCAGUGGUUUGAUGGAAGGAAAUGCACUGCAGUGGCUGAAGAUAAGGUUCACCUGAAAUAUUGAGAGAAGGUUUCCUUUGACAGUAUGGGGUCCAGGCCAUGUAUUUUGUUAGCACAACCUACUGGGUCUGGUAAAGCAUUAGCAUAUACACAAUUGCUACUACAUAUUU